AACGCAACCAAUAUCUACGCCCUUGACUUAUUACUGCUACCAAUCGAUAUUCUGUCGAUCGAUGAGAUCUAUCAGGUAGUUUGACCAUGGUUCCUGAAGUUUAAAGCCUUAACGGGACCAAUCACUGGGAAAACCCAAUACUCAGAAUUAGAAUGCCACUGUGAGAUUAGCAGUUUCAGAAGGUCCUAACAAAACAUGAGAACAGAUCUUUUACUAUUUUAAAGAAAUAUAUCAAGAAUUUCUUAAUUUAUAAUUCUUUAAAUAGGCUUUAUUAGUUUAUCAUUAGUUGAUUUAAAAGGUAACAAAGCAUAUUUUCUUUGCUCGCAUUAAAGAAAAAAAAAAUUAAUCUUAAACAGUGGUUCUCAAACAUCCUAAUGCCGCGACCCUUUAACGCAGUUCCUCAUAUCGUGGUCACCACCAACCAUAAAAUUAUGUUCGUUGCUUCUUCAUAAUUAUAUGUUGUUCCGAUGGUCUUAGGCGACCCCUGUGUAAGGGCCGUUCAACCCCCAAAGAGGUCGCGACCCACAGGUUGAUAACCGCUGAUCUAAAAUAUAAGUGUUGUUAAUGUACAUAUUUUAACAGGCAGUUUUUUUGUGUUUGUUUUUUUUCAGAAAGUGACCAUCAUAGCUUACUUAUCUGUUUUGUGGCAACAUCCGGGGCUUUCGUGGGAGCCAGCAGAUUACGACGGGAUACAAGCAGUCCACGUAGACGCCGAGUCGCUCUGGAAGCCGCAAAUCGUCAUCACCGUCAGCGCGUCCGAAAGUUUAACCCUGACCUUUCCAGGAGAAUUACGCAUUUCCUCUUCCGGGCAGGUCGCGUCGUCCAAAUACUAUCAGUUAUCUUUUAGGUGCGAGAUCGACUUUUACAAAUACCCGUUCGACACCCAAACGUGCUUCUUGGGAUUUUACCCGUGGCAAGAGAAACAGCUGGCUUACAUGGAAUCGAUCCCAGCACCACAGAUUCCCAAAAAGCUGUACGCCAUUAACGGGGAGUGGAGACUGCUGAACAUGACGGUGGAGAUGGUUGAAGAUCAAAAUCUGGUGUUUAUUUCUAAAUUUCCACGUUACAGCUUCACGAUGCAGCGCGAGUCCACCUACUACGUCGUCACAAUCAUUUUCCCUAUGGUUCUGACGUCAGCUAUGAUACCUCUCGUGUUCCUCAUACCGCCGAGAACAGGUGAGAAGAUAUCCUACCUGGUGGCCAUUUUCACGUCGACGGCAAUUUUCCUCAACUUCAUUUGGUAAGUUGAGUAUUAAGGCUUAGGUGUACGUAAACAUAUCAGGCUUUCGUGGAAUUAUUUUAUACGCAGAGCAGUAUUACAGAUGGAUUGACUUUACUCGUUUUAAAUAACCAAUCACUUCUAUUCCAGUGACGUCAUGCCACGCGGUUUGUCUGGAGUUCCAGUUCUCGCAAUCUUGUUGGUCGAGGUCAUGGCGGAAGGUUUCAUGGCGACCCUGGCAGCUCUGGUGGUUGUC